UCGUUUGGCAGAGACAAUGCCUCGUCGGGCGACCCAAAUCUUGCAAAACGGUCGCAAAGUUCUUGAAGAUCUCGACUUGCUCAAGGUCUUGCAAUCUGAAAUCAAACAUGAACUCUCGUCUCCACCCCUUCAGGACAAUCGAAGAGGGUCUUUGGGUGAUUUCUCGGUGGACUGGGAUUCAUCAGAUUCCCAAGAUGUUGUUUUGCGGAGAAAAUGUGAAACGGGUGAGCAGGUUGUAGUUUCAGCUUUGUCGCGUCCAUCAUGCUUUGCGGAAGGAAGUACAUCUCCAUGGGAAUUUUUGAUGAAAGUGUUUGUGAAAAAGCCUGGCUUGAACUCUGUAUUGCAGUUUGAUUGUGGAAUUUAUGAGAUAGGUCCCAGUCGGUCUGUGUUUGACAUUCAUAAUGCCUAUUAUCUCCAAUCAACAACCUGCCCUGGUCCCUCUGCCUACGGAGGCCCCUACUUCAGCGAUUUGGAUCCUCAUUUACGAAUUGCACUCAAGGAAUACCUAGUAGCCAAGGGAAUUAGUGAAAGCCUUACUAAUUUCCUUUUCCUACAUCUACGUAAAAAGGAGCAAGGUCAGUAUGGGAAUUGGUUGCAGAAACUUGAAUUAUUUGUGGCAAAAGAAGAGUGAUGCCAAACACUAAUAGCAUUAUCGCAAAAGGCUGAACCACUGUUUGAAGGCUGAAAAAAACUAUAGAUUAAUUUCGUUGACUGAUGAUCUUAGGAUUUCAAACUUUUGGUUGACUUUGUAUGAUGAAUUAAUUAACAAGUUCAGAUAUUUUUGGUAGUGAACCUUCUAAAUGCAGUGAUAAGAAUGUUACUAUAUU